AUGAACUUGGCGUCGCAGUGGGUUCUUUGGCAGAACAACAACGACGAGUCGAAUGCCAAGAGCUGGGGAGACGACCUCAUGGUUGUUGGGGAGGUGUCGACGAUACCGGAGUUCCUGUAUCUCUGUGACGAGAUAUCGAAUGUCGGGGUUGGAAAGCUGUGCACAAUGAAUCUGUUUAAGAAAGGAAUCAAGCCGAUGUGGGAGGAUGAGGGAAACAUAGAAGGAGGAAGAAUUAUAAUGGAUGUUCCUGUGGUGGGCAAGGACAGUAUUGAUGAGCUGUGGAAAAGAACCAUGGCGUUCUGUGUCUCGAAUACCGUCGAUAACAUAUGCGGGUGUGUACUCAGUGAAAAACAGUCGUUUUACAAGGUGGCAAUCUGGUUUGGGAAAGAUUAUAACCAGGAUUCGAUUAAGGACAUGUGGCAAGAAGCCCUUGGAGGGGGAAAGCUAUCCAUCUACUCUUUCUUGCACAAGAAGUCGUUGGACAGCAACAAAGGAAAAAAAAAGUGGGGAGGAAGAAGGUAG